UCUUUAUGCCAUAUUUGGUGGAUCAAAAGGCUUUAUUUAAGGAGAUACGGCUUCUGUCUGGCACGGCACUGAGCAUUUUCUGUGCUUACAGGUUAAGAGUUAAAGGUUGAAACAUGGGUGAUGCCGCCAUGGCAGAGUUUGGGGCUGCUGCUCCUUUUCUAAGGAAAUCGGAUAGGGAGCGUCUGGAGGCCCAGACUCGCCCCUUCGACAUGAAGAGAGAGUGUUUCGUACCUGACCCAGAGGUUGAGUACGUAAAAGCAACCAUCCAAAGUCGUGAUGGUGACAAAGUCACUGCUGAGACAGAAUUUGGAAAGACUGUCACAGUGAAGGAGUGUGACGUACAUCCUCAGAACCCGCCAAAGUUUGAUAAAAUUGAAGACAUGGCGAUGUUCACCUUCCUCCAUGAGCCAGCUGUACUGUUUAACCUCAAAGAGCGUUACGCAUCGUUGCUGAUCUAUCUAAGAAAGCUCCACUUCAAUGAACAAAUGAAUAUUGUGGUGAAAUGUAGUCUAUUAAAUAUGUUCAAUUAG